AUGGACCACGGUGCCAUGACCAUGGCUUCAACAAUCACCUCCAUGCUCAUGCCAACAGCAACAGGCAUGGACAUGCCCGCCGGUACUGACGCUGCGGCCACCAGCGGUCACGAUGAAAUGGACAUGUCAGCUAUGAUGGGUGGUUGCAAAAUCUCCAUGCUCUGGAACUGGCAAACAAUCGACUCGUGCUUCAUCUCCGAGUCCUGGCACAUCACGUCCACCGGCAUGUUUGCCGGCUCCUGCAUCGGCGUCGUCCUCCUCGUCCUGUCCCUCGAGGCCCUCCGCCGUGCCGGCAAGGAGUACGACCGCUACCUCAUCCGCUCUCACGCUGCCGCCGCCGCCGCCGUCGCACGCUCAGGCCCCUUUGCAGCUGCGAGCAACGAUUCUGCCUCUGGCGGUAAGAACAGCGGCGAAGGCGCGGCUCCCCUCGGCGCCGGCGGCGUUGCGAUUACCGCACCGUUCCGCCCUUCUCUCCUCCAGCAGGCCGUCAGGGCGCUGCUGCAUCUGCUUCAGUUUGCUGUGGCAUACUUUGUCAUGCUGCUCGCCAUGUAUUAUAACGGUUACAUCAUUAUCUGCAUCUUCAUCGGCGCCUACCUCGGAUCGUUCAUUUUUCACUGGGAGAAGAUUGGCGGGUCGACAGGGCCGACCUCAGCGGGCGAGAGUUCGACGGUUUGUUGUGGUUGA